UCCUGCUGCUGGUUCCUGUUGGAGCGGUCGGGCCAGCUGGCCUGCCCACACUGCAGUGGCCUGGAACCCAUUUGCCUAGGUCAGUCGCUGACACGGGUCAGCCAUGGCUGCAUCCAGGCUUGGGUGGACCCAGUGGGGACAGCAAGGGAGGGCCUGGAGCAGCGGGGAGCCAGCACAGCCCCAAGGCCUCAGGGACAUCCACCUUAGGAGUGUGGAGCCCAGCACGGCUGCUGUAAGGUCAGUGCCAGACCCCGUGCCGGCCCCAGAGGCCACAGUGACCUUCAUGGCCCCUCAUCCCACUGCCACCCUGGGGUCCCACCCCACACACCCUAACUCCUGCCCCAGAGCCCCUGUUUGUGGCCCUACAGACCUCAGCUGUGGGCUCCCUGGCCCACCUGCAGCCUCCCCGGGCCCACUGGCGCAAGUGCUGGCAGAGGAGAGCUUAGACAGCCAGGCCCUUGGGACUGCCCUGGAUGCCAGGACUCCAGACUGUGAGCCCCUGCUGGGGGCCACAGCAGCUGGCCCUUGGGUGGGGCCCACAGAGCAGGAGGAAGACGAGGAGGAAGAGGAGUGCCCCAUCUGCACAGAGCCCUAUGGGCCUGGGGAGCACCGCCAGGCCCUACUGAACUGUGGCCACGGUCUGUGCUCUGGCUGCCUGCACCAGCUGCUGGGCACAGCCCCCAGCACCCACCUAGGCGGGGCCCGCUGCCCGCUGUGCCGCCAAAAGACGCCCAUGCUCGAGUGGGAGGUGUGCCGGCUGCAGGAGGAGCUGCUGCAGGCAGAUGGGCCCCCACGGCCCCCGAGCCCCACGCCCCCUGCACCUCUGACCCAGGGCUCUGGGCUGUGGGCCUCCCUGGAGCACCGGUACCGGCUGCGCUUCCUGGCAGGGCCCGUGGGUGGCCGAGGCUGCCUGCCAUUUCUGCCCUGCCCACCCUGCCUGGGCACCUCGCUCUGGGCCCUGCGGGAACGGGGGCCCUGCGCCCGCCGUCUGGCGCUGCUGGGCCUCCUGGCCCUCGAGCUGCUGGGCCUGCUGCUCGUCUUCACGCCACUCAUGCUGCUGGGGCUGCUCCUUGCGCUGCUGGGCCACUCCGGCCGCUGAGCGGGGCUGCCGCACCUGCUCCCAGCACCUCUGGCCUGGCGGCUCUGACUGGCCGUGUCUGGGGGUGUUGGCACUGUGGGGCCCGACCCUGAGGAGCUUCUCCCGCCAAGGCCUGAUAACCAGGCCGAAAAUUCCAAGGUCAACCAGGCGUUAAGCCUUCAAUCAAGACCCAAGACUUGGCCCAGGGUCACCCAAGAACCUAUGUUCAGCUCCUGACCCGUCCAGGGACCCCCAACUGCCCUGCUGCCCAGGCAGUGACCGGCAGUACCUGAGGACAACACUGACAAGAGACUGCAGCCCGGGCUCCGUGCACCUGACACAGGCCCCACACUGACACGGGGCCCUCCUGUGAGAGAGGCGCAGGGGCACAGACUGGCAGGGGCCCAGCCCUUGGAGAGAGUGGGGCCCUGGGCCGGGCUGUGGGCCUCCCCUACCCGCUCCUGCCCGUGUCCCCCAUAAGGGCCAGUGUGUAUGCCCUGAGGGUCAGGGCAGCUGAGGGGAGAGGCUCCUUCUGUGCAAACUCAACCCACAAAGAGCCUCCUUCCCGGCCAGGGUGAGGCCCAAGGGGGCAUCGCUAGUGACUGGGGGCCUGGCAUACGUCCCCAAGCUCCAAGGAACAAGGGCCCAGCCAGGCCUUGUAGCCGAGUGUUGAACCGUGGCUGCUGAUGGCCUGCCGCCUUUGAUGCCGGGGCCUUCAUCAGAGGGACGACUCGGGCACAGCACUGCCUCAUGGGCUUGUCGGUGACACCACGCACUGGGCUGGCCCAGGAAACGGCUCUCAGUAAACAGUAGCAGCCGCUGUAAACACGGCUGCCCCACGGCCGUCCUCACCUUCACCCUUUGUCUGCAUCCCAGCAGCCCUGCUUGCUCCACACCCCUGCCAAGCUUCCUCCAGGUCCAGGUCAUCUGACUGCCAGAGGGGUGGCUCCUGGGUCCUUGUAUCCUACCACAGCUGUGGCCAGCCACUUCCCGACCCUAGCUCAGACUGGUCCAAAGGUCAUUCCCAUACAGCCGAGGGUCAGCUGUUUACCAGAAGGCACGCAGACCGGGCUGCUCCCCACCUAGCCCCCCACAUUCAGGGGCUAGUGCACACAGAACUUCUCUUGGCCCGGCUGGGCCCACGCUGCACACCUGCCCAUGCAUCCAGGCAGCUAGCUCUGCACAGCUGUGUGUGUGUGUGUGUUGGGGGGCACACAGCGGGGCCUGGCUGUCCUGAGUGGCAGGCCCAGCCCAGCCUGGCCGGCAAGCAGAGGAGCCGAUGCCACUCAGUGCCGGGCCCAGUGUGGGUGGCCCCACCUGGGCUGCCGCCGUUGCCCACCCCGGCUGAGGGUGCAGGCCACCACAGUGGGCUUCAGUCCAGAGACAAGGUG